CCGUAGUGCUCGUCGUUCACCCUCCAGCUUUUGUCUAAAGCGUUCAUCGGCAGAUUCUGCCCCAAAAACCUUUGCUCGUCGUUCCCGCCGCCAGCCUCUGACUGAGCUCGCCAAAGGCCCCGAACAUGUCGGUGGCCUCAAAAAAUCCUUUUGCCCUCCUCGACGACGGUGAGGAAGCUCCCGCUCCCGCUGUCCCCGCCUCGAAGAAGGAAGCGGCUCCUGCUCCUGCGGCUCCCGCCUCUCGUGGUAACCAAAAGCGUACCGGUCCCGCAUCGCGUGGCGGCAAGUACUACGCCCGCGGAGGUGGCAAUAAGGGCGCCCCUCGCGAGAAUGCCGAGGAGGAGCCUGCCGCCGGCGAGGAAGGUAGAAAGAAGUUUGAUGGCGAAGGCCGUGGCCGCGGUCGUGGCAGAGGACGUGGCCGUGGUGAUCGUGGCGGCUUCCGCGGUGGUCGCCUGGACAGGCACAGCGCCACCGGCAAGACUGACUCCGAGAAGAAGGUUGCCAGCGGUUGGGGCGCCGAUGAAGGCACCCCGGAGCUGAAGGCGGAGGAGGCUGGCGAGACCGACGCCAAGGCUGAGUGGGGUCCUACUGCUACGGACGAUUGGACCGCUGGCGCCGGAGCCGACGCUGCCAAUGGUGCCACCGCUGCCGAAGGUGCUGAAGGCGAGAAGGCCGAGCGCAAGCCCCGGUAUGAGGAAGAGGAGGACAACACUCUCACUCUCGAUCAGUACCUCGCCAAGAAGAAGGAGUCCACUCUUGACAUCCCCAAGCCCGAGGUCCGCCAAGUCGACGCCUCUGAGUUCGAGAACGUCACACCCAUCAAGAAGGGUGCCGAGGAGGAGGAGGCCUACUUCGCCGGCAAGUCGAAGUCCGCCCCCAAGCAGCGCACCGAGAAAAAGGAGAAGGUUUUCCUCGAAAUCGAUGCCCGCUUUGAACGGCCCCAGCGCGGAGGCCGCGGACGUGGCGGCGAUCGCGGUGGUGACCGUGGACGGGGCGACAGGGCUCGUGGACGCGGCCGUGGUGGACGCGGUGGUCGCACCAAUGGUGCCCCGGCUCCGACGCUCAGCGUCGACGAUGAGUCCGCCUUCCCGUCGCUCUCUUAAUGUGCAAGCUCCUGCAUGCCUGAGCCGAACAUGUGCAAAAUUUUACCAAAUGGGCGAACUUUCUGGUUUUCCGCCAUGGAAAUCCGCGCGGGUUGGCUGCUGCCACGCAUUAUAUAUUCCGACUGCUAAGAUCUCCCUGUUCCCUCUUGCUGUCGCCUGUAAUACCUCAUGACUCGCAUGCAUUAGCACUUUUUUCAGUAUGACUCCCUGGCAUCAAUAUGAUAUGACACCCUCCGUGUCCAGUGUAAUGUGUAAUGCGUGAGACAAGAAUAUAUACAAGGCGAACUGCAGUAUUCCC